AUGCUGGUGGAUAGAGGUGGUUUGUGGUAUAGGGUUUUAGUCGCCAGGUAUGGCGAAUUAGGUGGCAGGUUGGAGGUUGGGGGCCGGAGUGUUUCUUGCUGGUGGUCGGAGGUGAGGCGACUUAGGGAUAGGGUAGGCGAUGGUGGUAGCGGGAGGUUUGAGGAUCAGGUGUUGAGGAGAGUUGGUGAUGGGGUUGACACCUCGUUUUGGUCUGAUAGGUGGAUAGGGGAGGCUCCUCUUUGUGUGCGGUUUAGGCGGUUGUUUGAGUUAACAGAGAAUAAGUCUAUGUCCGUCGUCGACUUGCUCUCUAUUGAUUCGGAGCGGUGGGGGGAGGUGUGGAGGUGGAGACGUAGGUUAUGGCAGUGGGAGGAGGAGUUUCUAGAUGAGUGUAGGGCUUUACUUCUUGAUGUUUCCUUGAAUCCUAAUGUUUCAGAUAGCUGGGUGUGGCUUCCGGACCCAUCUGGUGGAUACACAGUCGCCGACUAUGCUAUGGAUUUGGUGUGGCACAAACAGGUUCCCUUGAAGGUUUUCGUUUUUGCGUGGAGGCUCAUCCGUGAUCGUUUACCAACAAGGACAAAUUUGAUUGCUAGACGGGUGCCAUCGCCUGACAUGUCCUCGUGUGUUGCUGGUUGUGGUCAUCCUGAAUCGGCACGACAUCUAUUUUUAUUGUGUGAUACUUUUGGUUCUCUGUGGCAUUUGGUGCGAGAUUGGAUUGGAUGCUAUGGGGUGGAUACAGAUAAUAUUUCAGAUCAUUUUUUACAGUUCACUCAUUUGACAGGCGGUGGUGUUGCUAGACGUUCUUUUAUGCAACUAAUAUGGCUUUUAUGUGCCUGGGUUGUUUGGAAUGAACGUAAUAACCGUAUGUUUAAUCAUGUUGUUACCCCCAUCCCUUGUUUACCAGAUAAGAUUAAGUUGUUGUCUCUAGGUUGGUUGAAAGCUAAAAAAGCUACCUUUGUUUUUGGGACUCAGCAGUGGUGGUCACGCCCUCUUGUUUGUUUGGGUAUUGACUAA